AUGGACGGCCUUUCGGGCGCAGCAAGCGUCAUUGCGGUAGUCGAUAUAUCCGCCAAGAUCGUCUCGCUAUGCUUCCAGUACUCUACAGCUGUCAAGGAUGCAAAGGAUGAUAUCGAACGUGUGCAGAGAAAAGUUGGCGACAUCACCCACGUUCUGGAGAAGAUCAAACAACUCCUCGACGGCCAGGACAAGGCGCGACUCUCUACCACUCAGGGCCUGUUUAGCUCGCUCGAACAAUGCCGAGAGGAGCUGAAGAGCCUAGAAGCAAAGCUAGAUCCAGGAAAAGCCCGCAAGACUAUAAGCCGAUUCGGCUUCCAUGCGCUCAAAUGGCCGUUUACGAGCAAGCAAGUGGACAAGAUCGUUUUGAACCUAGAAAGAUACGAGCAGACAUUCAGCUCGGCACUGCAGGUCGAUCAGAUAGUCGCUAUUUUCAGCAUAGACCAGAAGCUGGAUCUGGCCAAACUGCCUGUCGCGAUAGGCGCCUCCUUCAAUUCCCACAACGAAGAGCACAACGCACGAUGCCUACCGAACACCCGCACCGAGUUGCUAGACGAGAUCACAACAUGGGCGAACAACAAAGAUGGCAAGUCCAUAUUCUGGUUGAGCGGUAUGGCGGGCACAGGAAAGUCAACAAUUGCGCGGACGGUCGCUCAAUCGUUCGCUAGUCGAGGGCAACUUGGAGCCAGCUUCUUCUUCAAGAAAGGCGAGGGCGAGCGCGGCAACGCUUCACGCUUUUUUACCACUAUCGCCACUGAUCUAGCCGCCUGCGAGCUGGGCAUGCUAGUCGGGAUUAAGAAGGCGCUUGAUGAGGACUCGGCGAUCUCACAGCGAGCUCUAAAGCACCAGUUUGAGAAACUAAUCCUCCAACCACUCUUGGGCAUACAACAGGCUCGUUCGCAGGUCUCGGCGCGUGUUGUCGUGAUAGACGCGCUGGACGAGUGCGAGCAGGAAGCAGACAUUCGGGCGAUCCUCAAAUUGCUUGCUCAAACAAAAGACAUCCGCCCGGUGCCGCUACGGAUCGUGGUCACCAGUCGGCCAGAGCUCCACAUCCGCUUCGGCUCCAAGGAGAUGUCAAACGGCACGUACCAAGACCUAGUGCUCCACGAAGUACUAAGGAGCACGAUCGAGCAUGACAUCCGUCUGUUCCUAGAGCAUGAGCUUGGCAUAAUACGAAAAGAACGCAUGCUAGCCUCAGACUGGCCAGCCCAACAACAUAUUCUGGCGCUAGUUGAGUUAGCUGUGCCGUUGUUCAUCUACGCUGCCACUGUGUGUCGGUAU